UUAGGCUAGCCCCGUGGGAGCCUGCUCUCUCUUUACGUGUGGUGUACAUACGCUACUCUGACUCCAUAUCUGUUAUCGUUCUAGGGCAUCUGAAGAAGGGCCCAGAGGGUGAGGUAGGUAACUACUGGCAGGAGCAUGGAAAUUGACGAAGCUCGGUCGGAGACCGCGGUUAGGGAAAAUGGAGGAAUCCCCCUGGACGUGGGGAUGAUUGGUGCUGAUGGGCUGGCAAACUCGCCUAAGCCACAAGCUGUAGGAGAUGAAGCAGUGGACAAUCAGAAUCGCUCGCCCCCUCAAGCCCAGACCAAUUACUGGGCUGAGGAGGAGAGAGUGAGGGAUAUGCUUGCCAAAUGCUUCGACAUUGGCAUCCUCCCAUCCGGAUGGGAUAUCGGGGAACUGAAGGAGGAGGGCACCACAGCACACUUUACACUCAAUCCUUCGUUGGAUGAGAUUAAAGUUAGGUGGCUGAAGAAACGUACUGUAACAGUCAUUUUCCAGGAGGGAUCUAAAAAUCUGCCGAGGAAGAUGAAGGAGGAGGUCAUCCGCGCUUACGAGGACAUCUGGAUGGGCGAAGAGCGUUUCGAGCAGUCCAUCACCCGUGGCCGUGUCUGUAUCGAAUCCAGCAAUGUGCUGUCCUACAUUGCGAAGGAUGUCAUGGUGACGCAAUGGAUGUUACAGGAGGGAGAAACUCGAGUGGCGUUGCGAGGGAGAUGGCACAGCAUCGCCUUCAAACCUUGGUUGACGAAGAAAGAAAUUCAAGAAGCAAGGAAGGAGGCCUCUCUAACUUAUUUCUGGAUCAAGAUUUUGGACGUCCCGAUAGACGCGUUCUGCUAUCUGGAAUCAGCCGCCGAACUUUCAAUUGGUCCGGUUAUCAAGGUUUACCCCCCGGAGCGUGAUGCAAGGACCCCUCAGCUAAUCAACGUUAGGAUUGAUAUGGCAGUGGAUGCGCUUCCAAAACUGAAGGAAACUGUGUUUCACGACGUUCCAAGGUCAAGUGAUUGAAUUGAAGGUUGCCAACGCCCAGACCCCGUGGUGCAGCAAGUGUCGA